AUGUGCCACAGGUUGUCAAAAGAUUACAGCAAGAACAGCUACCUAGGUCUCUACAUGGGCCUGGAGCGUCUUGAGGCGAUCGUAAUAAAUUCGGACUUAGAAGUGACUUUUCGAGCUGUAGUGCGCUACGAUGUGGAUCUGCCAGAGUAUCGCACGACAAAUGGCAUCUCUCAAGACGCAGCAACGAACGAGUUCAUGGCCAACCCGGUGAUGUAUAUCAAGGCAUUGGAUAUACUCUUCAAUUGUCUAGAAUCCCAGGGCGCCGAACUGCAUCGGGUAGCAGCCAUUGGAGGAGCAGCUCAUCAUUAUGGCGCCGUCUUCUGGACGGACUUAGGUUUUCGUCGCCUUUGUGGACUGAAUCCCAUGUUUCGCCUGCACGAGCAAUUCACUGAUGAUACCUUUGAGAUGGUCUCCAGCCCCAGUUGGGUGGACAGGGCUUCCAUACCACAAUGCUAUGACAUGGAAGACGAUGUUGGCGGCGUUGCGGCAAUGGUCAGAAUCACGGGUUCCAAAUGCUUUGGCAGGUUGACUGGUCCAUUAAUUCGAAGAGUUUACGAAGAGUCGCCAGAGCAAUAUGAGCGCACAGUGCGCAUUUCGUUGAUGAGCAGCUUCCUGGCUUCGCUGCUGGUGGGCAACAUUGGUUCUAUUGAAUUCUCCGAUGGCUCUAGCAUGAAUCUGCUGGAUCUCAAUGAAAAAGCUUGGUCCGAAGAAUGUUUAGAGGCAUGUGCUCCAAAUUUAAAGCAGCGUCUCAUGCAACCAAUUGCCUCGAAUCGCUUGCAAGGACGUAUCGCCGAUUACUUUGUGAGUCGUUGGAACUUUCGACCCGACUGCAUGAUAGUUUCGACCACUGGAAGCAGUGCAUCCAUGGUUGCUGGCCUGAACUUGGAGGAAAACGUGCUGGUUCUGUUUCUCUCGCAGGCCGAUAAAAUGCUGAUACACUGUAAGCAGCGUCCUCAACUGGAAGACGCCUCCAUCAUUUGUCAUCCAGUCAAUAUCGAUGAAUACAUCGGUUUAAUUCUGAUACGCAAUGGAUGCCUGGUACGUGAAGCCGUCUGCAGAGAGAUUGCCAAUGGCAAGUGGCGGCUCUUCAACGAAAUGCUCGCCUCCACACCGAAAGGCAACGCUGGCAACAUUGAGGUCCGUCUGGAUAAAAUGGAAUGCACGCCCGAAGCUCGGGGCAGGUUGCGAUGGAAUAGUGAAAUUAAUGAAAUGUCUGACCAGGCGUUAAGGGGGCUCGAAAACUUCGAGGACCUCAAAUAUAAUGCUCGCGCUGUCAUUGAGGGGCAGAUAAUGCAUCGACGAGUCUUGGCUACUGAUGCAGGCAUUAAACUUGAGAGCAUCACCAAAAUAAUUGCUCUGGGCAGAUGUACGCGCAAUCAACACGUACUGCAAAUUGUCGCCGAUGUUUUCAAUACUCCAGUUUACAUUCAAGAAGGACCUUCGCCCACUCUCCUAGGCGCCGCCUUUCGUGCCCGCUACGCUUUCUACGAGUAUCGCGAGGCGAAUUGCAGCUGCUCCCGCUGCAAUGCCUGUUGGGGUAGCCAGCCGAAGCUUAGCUACGCCGAGUUCUUCAAGCAUUUGCCCGAAGAGCUCAAACUCAUAGCCGAACCUUCGCCUGACGUCGAAGCGAUCUACGGUCCCUUAACGGAUCGCAUUAGAAGCAUGCUUCGGAUGCUAGCGGCCAGAACAAGCAUCAACGAGAAACUCAUCAAGUACAAAUAA